UUGUCAUUCACAAUUUUUUCUGUUUAAUUCAGCAUCUGCAUUCAGAAAUUUCAAUAUUCUAUACUCAAAUUCAGAAACUAAAUGGAGCGAUAAUUGGGGAUAAUUUGAACUAUAUGUUUAUUUGUAUUAGGUUUUGAAUCGAUUGAAACCGCUGUGAUCUAGUUCAUUUCUGUGCUUUUUCUUUCUUUUUCUUAUUUUCAAUUUAAUGUAAGUGGAUGGAGUAUUGUGCUUGUGAUUAGUGUAAGCUACUAGGAUUCUUGAAGUUUGUCGACAAAAAUUAGUUAUUUUAUUAUUAUUAGAUAAUGGUCUCUCUUGCUCUUUUGUUCAUAUGUAUAUAUAUCCAUAUCUAAUGUCCUGGAUCAUUUUGUUUCUGGACAUCUUGUUUAACCUAGGGAACAGAUCUUGCGACACAUAUAGAUUCUUAAUUAAUAAACUUUCUGCUACUUUAAUCCUGCCUAUAUAUUUCCUUAGUCAAAACUUGUGGUUUUUUCAUAAUAGUCUAAUUGUUUCGAUGUUAAACAUAUAGAAUGUUUCACUAUAUGGCAUGAAGUUGGGCCAAGAAACAGAUGUAUAUAUUGUUAUUGAGCUCCAGAUUGGAACAGACACCCCUGUUUUCUCUGAUUUUGCACAGGUAAAUUUGUCAUGAAGCUCCCAACAGUUGGGAUGAAUUGAUAAUUGGUGUAACCACCUAACCGGUCUUAUUGUUCUAACAGAAGUGGCAGAUUGUGCUCGUACAACUUGCAUAUGGGUUUUGGCCUUGCUCUCUGAGAGUGUCAGUAUAAAUUGAAUACAAUGCGGCGGCUGAUUGUGAAUAGAGGCGAUGAUUGUUCCACUAAAAAAGAUUACUCUUGGUUCAUGGCUAUUGAGAAACAUGCUGUUAUAACUGAAGUGGGGGGUUUUGGUGAUCCCCAAUUUGACAAAACAAGAUGUUUGCAAAUAAACAAAAAGCUUUUGUAUCUUCUCAAUCAUGGUGAAGCAUUCACACAGAGUGAAGCUGCAGCUUUACUUUCUUCUGCUGUUAAUCUGUAUCGUUUCCAAGAUGUUCAUUUGAGAAGAAUGUUUCAUCUAAUUGCAAGGGAUCUUUGCCCUAUUGCAAAUGAGGUUCCUCUGGUCACUAGUUUGUUGCUUAAAGACGUCGACACCGACAAUGUUGCAUAUCGGGCAAAUGUUAUCCGUUUGCUAUGUCAAAUUACAAAUGACACAUCGUUAAGCCAAGUUUUGAAAUGCCUCAAGGAGGCUAGAUGUGACGGCAAUCCUAUGGUUGAAAAUGCAUCCUUUGUGUGUGCAAUCAAUAUGCUAAAGAGAGAUCCAAGGAUGGCCAUCAAACUCGAACAAGUAUACCCUAGACCAACUGAUUUUAGAACAGGAAAACACAUUCAGUUCCAUUCCAUAUAUCUAGACUAUGUGCUGGUACAUGAUGCAUCAUCAUUGGGGUCGGUCCGUUGGAUUUACAUGUUACAUGAGCUUGCAGAUGGGACCAGUACGUCGUCAAGAGUGCAUUAUCAUGAAAGUGGGUUGUGUUGACGACCUUUAUAUGGACGAGCGUCUUGUCAUUCUGGUCUUCAUCGCCAUUGGGGGCUUGCAUCCUGGCUCGGGGUAUUACUCAGGUAUUGCAUCGUUGCUAGUCUAAAAAUAAUGUUGAUGGUAUUGUCGCAAGUGCUGAUAUAUAUAGAUUGAGAUAUGUAGGAUACACAAGCUUGCUCUUCCCUCGAUAAAUAUACUACAGACAGAUACAUACUAUUAUGUAUCAAUGAUAAAGAUGAAAUGGUGGCCAUAGAAGGAUUCCUGUCUAUGUGUAUGUGUAUGUGUACCGUGUAUUAAGAAUGUAAGAUCAAUUAUUAAUUGAGUUGGGAUACUUCUAGGGUGGGAAUACGGGUAUCCGUGGAUAUCCGACCCGAAAAUCA